GCUGCGUCAUUUGCGCGCCGCCUCGCUCCUGAUGCACGUCUUUUCCCGAAAGCCUAAAGAUAGAUGUUUCGAUUUCAGUCCCUGGAUGAAGACUGUACGUUGGAGGAGGAAGACGAGGGGCUCGUAGAGGAGGAAGAUGAAAUUGAUCAGUUCAAUGACGACACUUUUGGAGCUGGGGCCAUCGAUGACGACUGGCAGGAGGAACACAAACGCCUCGCUGAGCUCGAUGAGAGGGACGGGAUAGGAGCGGGGCUGGGGCUAGGAGGAGGGGGGAUGGGAGGAGAAUUAGAUUUAGGAGGAGCUGGAGACUCAUCCUCCUCCCACCUCCCUUCUUCUCUGGGGCAUCUCCCCCUUCCAUCCUCGCUCCCGACACUCAAAUUCUCCUCGUCUUCCUCCAGACUGCCUGCACCAGAUGUGGAGGAUCGAGGAGGGGAAGGUGACCUGGCCGAGUCUCUGGCCAGACUCAUCCUGGAGGCUGACCCCGCCAUCGCUGGGGUCGUAGCGGCUGAGAGACCCGGUCCAUCCCCCGGCUCCUCAGGAUCCAGCCUGUCUGCUCUGCAGGGCCUGGACCGACCCAGAGGCCUGCCCCAGUCCUCCUCCAUCCCACAUCCCACGCAGCCACACCAGCAUCCCCAUCACCCCCAGCACCAGCUGCCUCCUGGGCACUCCUCAGGCCUUUCUGCUGGCCCUCCUCCUUCGUCCAUGCUCAGCUACCAACAGCAGCAGCACUUACUGCGCAGAGGGACUGCUCCCAUGGCCCAGAUGAACUCUCACAGUAUCUGGGAGAACAGUAUGGGUUUUGGGCCGGUCAGUGUCACCCCCGGACUGGUUACACACAUGGAGGAUAGUCCAUUAAUGUCUAUAAUAAAGGAGGUGGGCCUUCCUAAACGACCUCCUCAGGGCAGGAAUGAUGAAGGACGGGAUUUGUCAGAGAGGGUCCCACCUCCCCGCUCUUCUUCACCUGUGAUUGGCUCCCCUCCGGUGAGGGCGGUGCCCAUCGGGACCCCGCCUAAACAGCCAAUGAGCCACGCCCUGAAUCAUCAGAUCCACCAUCCCACGGCGGUUCAUGUGAGAGCCCCGGUCCAGCACAGAUACCCUCCUCCUUUCCCCGAGCGUGUGUCACCCAACACCCUUCUCAAUAUAGCUAACUCUCCUCUGUGUCGUGGUCCUUUCCCUCCCGGUGUCGGUCCUGUCCUGUCGCAGAUUCAGCGGGCCCAGCUGCUGAACUCUCAGGUGGCUGGUUUUCCUCGUGGCGGUCCAGCACCUCCUUUGUUACCAGGUGGUGGUGGUUUCAGGCCGUUCUUCGGGGGUCCUCCUCCUCCCAUGGGUCACCGAAUGGGCCUGCCGCCCCCUCAUGGCCCUCCUAACCACACGCCGCCCAUUCGGCACAACACCACCCACCUCCACCCCCAGCACCGCCGCAUGCUCACCCAGCGCAUGCAGAACCGGGGAGGGGACCGUGGCAGGACUGGAGGGGACCGGCGCAGCAGAGACCCCUACAGCAACCUGAUGACUCAGAAAGAGAAGGAAUGGGUAACCAAGAUCCAGAUGAUGCAGCUGCAGAGUACUGACCCAUACCUGGAUGACUACUACUAUCAGAACUACUAUGAAAAGAUGGAGAAACGUCAGGAAAGAGAGAGAGACAGCAGCAAGAAGGAGCACACCACCAAACUGAUCACUCCGCAGGUCGCCAAAGUUGAACACACCUACAGACCAGUUCAGUUUGCAGGCUCUCUGGGUAAACUGACAGUCUCCAGCGUCAACAACCCUCGCAAGAUGAUUGAUGCUGUGGUGACGACGCGCACCGAUGACGAGGAGAAAAGAGAGAAGCAGGUUUGGAAUAAGCGGCGACAGAUCCUCUACACUGUGGAGAAGAUGUACAGUUUGCUGCUGGAGGUUCAAGACUUUGAGAAACGUUUUGUUCACGCGCCAGAGGAGGACAGGGAGGCUCUUCUGGAGCAGCAUAAAACCAACACGGUGCAGCUGUGCAACUCUCUGCGGGAGAAGGAGUGGGACGACAGAGUGAGUGAUGAGCAGUGUGUGAUGAUCAUGUCGGUGAGGAAGGGCAAGCGGCUCAUCUCCAGGCUGCUUCCCUUCUUGCCGCCAGCCCUGGCCGUUGCCGUUGUCAUGGCGAUUUCCCGCAACCUUCCUGCCCUGGCCAAGAAGGACAAGCAGGACCAGGUGCUGUGCUGGUUAGUGGAGCCAGUUUCUGUAGUGAUCCAGUCAUUGUCGAGCUCCGCCCUCACAGACCUGCUCCAGGAGCUUCAGGGCAGUGAGGGCCAACUGGCCACAGUUCUGCACAACAAGUUUGGUGUGACACUGCUGUAUCUGAUCCUGAGUGAAGGAGAGAGGAUGCAAAGCUCCGAUCCCAACUGUCAGCUAAUGGACGACAAUCGAUGGACUGAGUUGGUGUUUUCAGUCACGAGAGAGUUGCUCAGCGUCCCCACCUCAUCCCUCUCCCCCCCCCCCUUCCCCCCUCCCAACCUGCUCUCCCUCUUCUCACGCUACGUCGACCGGCAGAGGCUGGAGCUGUUACAAGACAAGCUACAGAUCUCUGCUUUGUCUAGGUAGAAAUUACAACACACAACAACCCCCUCCCCACCGGAUGCAGACCUUUCUUUUUGUGUGUGUAUCAGAAGAGUCGAGUGUGUGUGUGUGUGUGUGUGUGUGUGUGUGUGUGUGUGUGUGUGUUUGAGUGUGUGUGAGUGCGCAUGUGCUCUUGAGGUGAAUCCAUGGUGGAUUGAAUUUUAAUACAGCAGAAUCUGUAGUCACUUUUGUUUUUCUUUGUUUAGUCUCUGAUGUGUGUUUGUGUGAGAACGACAGUGACACAGCGCGUGAGAGAUGAACGUGUGAGUGACAAUAAUGAAAUCUGCAUUUUUAAAUAUCUUGUUUACGAUUAUGCCUGUGACAAACCUUCAAAUUAAAAAGUAUUUCUAUUUCUAA